UAUCCUGUUGCUAAGCAACAGAUACACACAUCAGGUUGCGAAUGAGACGUUGAACCCUGGCGAGUGUAGAGAAAAGAUUUUGAAUUGUUAGUGUAAUCAGUAUAGUGUGUACAGUAACAGAUUUAAUAGCAGAUAGAGUUGACACGAUUUUAGCCCUAAUCAAGUCAAAACAAGGCGCAAAAAUGAUCAGGCUUUACGGUAAAGUGGAGCAGAGUGUGAUGGACGAGAAGAUACUGCAGGAAGCAGUAGAAGAGCAGGGCCCAAAAGAAGAGGCAGGGCAGAUCUCCAAGGAAGAGGGCAUAUCAUUCAAUGCGGUCCUCCAACUUCGCCUGGAAUACAAAAACAUCCUUAAGAUCGAGCAUUUAUGGGAGUUCACAUCCCUUACUAAACUGCAACUGAAUAACAACCUCAUACAGAAGAUUGAGGGACUAGCCAAUCUUACAAAUAUAAAAUGGCUUGAUCUGUCAUUCAACAACAUAGAGAAGAUAGAAGGUUUGGAGACCUUAACGAAACUGGAAGAUCUGACUUUUUACAACAACAAGAUAUCCUGCAUCGAGAACAUGGACACACUCAACAACUUAACCUUCUUCGCCAUUGGAAACAACUGCCUUGGCCAGUUAGACAACGUAAUCUAUCUGAGAAGGUUUAAGAACCUGCAUACCCUCAACCUUGCUGGAAACCCUCUUGCUCAAGAAGCAAACUACAAACUCUUCAUCGCUGCUUACCUUUCAGAUUUAGCGUAUCUGGAUUCCAGGUUACUAAAUGGAGAAACUAAGAAGCAAGCUUUUGCAAAAUACCAAUAUGCCAUCGAAGAGAUACGACACAAUGAGUUGCAGACACUCAAGGCCACAGAAGCUGAACAGAAACGGCAAGAAGAAUUACAACAACACCAGGAGGCCUUUGUGGAGAACCUUAAUGGAUCCGAACUGUUUGACAGCAUGUUCGCCCAAGACCCAGAAGCACAGAAACUUAACCAGCUGCCUGGAGUGGCAGACCUAGUACAGACGUUCAAGCCCCAGCUGGUGGGUCUGUGCAUACAAAUGUUCGAAAGCGGCUUCGCUGAGCAGAAGCUGAGAGAGGCGGAGGUCAAGGCUUUCUUGGAAGUUCUUCAAGAGGCUGUGAGGGAAAAGCAGCAGAGAUCAGCACAACUGGUCUCAGAUUUUGAGAAGCACCGGAAGAAGAGGAUAUUAGAUUUGAAGCAGGUUGAGGAUGCGGCCAAGGAGGAAGCUCAAGUGAACCAGUACAUGACGGAGAUCAAGACACUCUGUGACAGCUGUCUGCUCCUGGAGCUGCAGCUAGUGGACCAGCUGGAGGAGAUUAUUAAAGACUUCGAGAGAAACAUCACAGACAUGGUUGGCAGCUUCAUUGAAACAGUUCAAGGCAUAUUCGCCCAGUGUCGGGAUCUGGAGAACCACCUUCACGAGGAGAUCAAAGACAUCGCCAUGGCAACCUUGGAGAAGGUCGCCAAGAACGAGGUGGAGGACAACCUGCCUGACGAUGUUAGAGCGUUAUUUGUAGACAAAGAAACCGUCAUGAAUGCAGUAGGCGCGUCUCAUGACUCCCACAUGUUGAGGAUUGACAAUCGAGAGGACAAGCUGGUGACACGCAUCAACGCCUGGAUGAUGAACCUUAUUAAAAAGAUCCAGGAUGAAGAAGUAUGGAGGAAUCGCAAGUGCAUUUCAGAAAUCCAGUAUUUCAUACAACAUCUGAGAAAUCAGCUGGAGGAGGUGCUGCACCAAGAGUAGCAAGGCAAUCAGGAUCGAAGUGCUCUACCACUGUGUUUGACCACUCUUUAGUUAGUAAAGAUUGCAUUGCUAGUAUAUAUUUCAAUAAAUUAUGUCUUCUGCA